GCUUGCUUGCUUUUGCAGCCAGAAUGCAGGGGACACAGGUUGAGAGCAGUGCUGCAGCUGGCCAAGGAUAACAUAUGCUCGCCUUUAACAGGGAUUUACAGAAGGGGGGAAAAGAAUUCCAAUGUGUGUCCUUUCCAAUUUUCUGCACUGAACCGCAAAGCCAGACCUGUACAAAAGCAGCAGGGGCAGCAGUGAACUGAUUCCUCUCGCAAAGGAGAAUAUCAUGAGAGCAACCCAGCUGAGAAUUAGGUUCUCCCUCCCCUCAUGAUAAAGGGUGACACGCAACAGGGCAGCCAGCCCAGAAGCUCCCGCUAAUAGCUGCUUGGAUGGUGGAAUAUGCACAGCCCAGAAUACUAUCGAAACCCUAUAACUUUCCAAACCUGAGUUAGACUUAGAAAAAGAGGACAACUGUUAACAGAGGCCUGAAUGAAGAGGAUUCUACUAUUGAAAGCUAUACAUCUGAAGUAUUUUUAAAGCUGUUAACACAAACCAAGGACUUACAAAGCAUGCCCGUAUAUUUGGUCUGACUUCAUAAAAACCCCUGAACCUUUCUUGGAGAUUACAAGAUGAAUCUUCAUAAAAACUCUGCUGGGGCUAUCCUUGAAAGCUGCUGUUUAAGAAAAUCAUGGUCUGGUUAUAGUCAAAAGCAUCCCUUUAUCCACAAGAAACUGAGACUUAUUCGAAUACUGGGUCUUCUUAUUAGCAUAACAGCCAUUAGCACUCUUUCAUUUACAAUUGUUGCCUUUUUUAGUAAAGACAAUUAUAGAAAUGAUGUAGCCACUGUUACAGAAAUCCAAUCUCUGCCACGAAGGUAUCUGCGAACUCUGAUGGACUUUCCCGAGCAAAUCCAAAAUGACACCCCUGGUUCGGGGGAUUCCAUGGCACAGAAAACUAAAGACAAUGAAACUGAAGGCCAUGCAUCCAAAGGAGAAUACCCAGAAGAUCUUUUUUCUCUGGAAGAAAGACAGAAGGGUGCUGUUAUCCUCCAUAUAUUUGGGAUGAUUUAUAUGUUUAUAGCUCUAGCUGUAGUCUGCGAUGAAUUCUUUGUUCCUUCUUUAACGGUAAUCACUGAAAAACUGGGUAUUUCUGAUGAUGUGGCUGGAGCAACUUUUAUGGCUGCUGGUGGCUCUGCCCCUGAGUUAUUCACAUCAUUAAUAGGAGUAUUUAUUUCUCAUAGCAAUGUUGGAAUUGGGACCAUAGUUGGAUCAGCAGUGUUCAAUAUCCUCUUUGUCAUUGGUAUGUGUGCUUUAUUCUCCAAGGAGAUACUAAACCUGACAUGGUGGCCACUUUUUCGAGAUGUGUCAUUUUAUAUUGUGGGCUUGAUUAUGCUCAUAACAUUUUUCUUGGACAAUUUUAUCCAGUGGUGGGAAAGUCUGUUGCUGCUGGUCACCUAUUUAAUGUAUGUUACCUUCAUGAAGUACAAUGUCCAAGUAGAAAACUGGGUGAAGAGGAAACUCAACAGGAACAAAGUUGUUAAGGUACCAUCAGCCAAUACCGACGGAAAGGAUCACAGAGAUCAACCAAACAUCCUGGUGGAGUCAAGGGUUCCCCAAGAACAGGAAGGAGUUGCUAUGGACAUUAGACACGGAGAAUUAAAUGAAACAGCCGGUUUAAAAGAGACUUGGACUGAAACAGCUACUUCCCCGAGCAAGACAAAGCCACGUUUACAAAGAGGUGGUAGCUCGGCCUCUCUGCAUAAUAGUUUGAUGAGGAACAGCAUUUUCCAGCUAAUGAUACACACAUUGGAUCCUCUUUCCGAAGAGAUUGGAGCAUAUGGAAAACUAAAAUAUUAUGACACUAUGACUGAAGAAGGCAAGUUCAGAGAGAAAGCAUCAAUCCUUCACAAGAUGGCUAAAAAGAAGUGUCAGGUAGAAGACAGUGAACACCUAAAUGGUGCUGCCAGUUAUACAGAAAAGGUUGAUAUUCCUAAUACUGCUAAUGUAGAGUUUGAAGUGACACCACCAAAAGAAUCCGCAGGUCCAGUUCAAAAUGGAAAUAUGGCACAUAAUACUGAAGCUGGAGAAGCACAGAUGCCAACUGCAGAGCAAACUGAGGAUGAUGACCAGCCUCUAAGUCUAGCAUGGCCAACAACCAUUCGCAAGCAAGCUGUGUAUCUCGCAGUUCUGCCGAUUGUAUUUCCUUUGUGGGUCACCUUACCUGAUGUUCGAAAUCCAAAAUCUAGAACAUUUUUUCCAGUAACGUUUUUUGGAUCUAUCACCUGGAUUGCAGUUUUUUCUUAUUUAAUGGUCUGGUGGGCUCAUCAAGUAGGAGAAACUAUUGGUAUUACAGAAGAAAUUAUGGGACUCACUAUAUUAGCCGCUGGCACUUCAAUCCCAGACCUUAUAACAAGUGUUAUUGUUGCACGCAAAGGGCUAGGGGAUAUGGCCGUAUCUAGCUCUGUAGGAAGCAACAUUUUUGACAUCACAGUUGGCCUUCCAAUGCCGUGGCUCCUUUAUUCUGCAUUUCACAACAUGAUUCCUGUAGCAGUUAGCAGCAAUGGCUUAUUCUGUGCCAUCGUCCUCCUUUUCAUUAUGCUGCUCUUCGUCAUCCUUUCCAUCGCUUUAUGCAAGUGGAAGAUGAACAAGAUCUUGGGAUUUAUGAUGUUUGGGCUCUAUUUUGUUUUCCUAGUGGUCAGCGUUCUCCUUGAGAAGCAAAUCAUCACCUGUCCUGCAACAGGUUGAAAUACUGCAUUAUUAUUAU